UCUCGGGCGCCCGGGCUCGGCGGCCUCUGUCCCCGCGCCCGGGUGGAUGCGGUCCCGGGCGGGCGGCUGCGGCGGCGGCGACGGCCGAUGCUGAGGGGCCGGAGGAGGAUGGAGUGCGCCCUCGACGCCCAGUCGCUCAUCAGCAUCUCCCUGCGCAAGAUCCACAGCUCCCGCACGCAGCGCGGGGGCAUCAAGCUGCACAAGAACCUGCUCGUCUCCUAUGUCCUCCGCAACGCCCGGCAGCUCUACCUGAGCGAGCGCUACGCCGAGCUCUACCGGCGCCAGCACCACCACCACCACUACCAGGAAGGCGGCGUGCUCUUGGGCAUGCCUCCCGGAGCCUGCGCGCCCGCCUCGGCCGCCGAGAUCCCCGCCGACUUCAGCCCGCUCCACUUGCAGGGCGACGCCGACGAGCACGAGGGAAGCGGCGGAGGCGGCCUCCAGCCGGGGCAGCCGCUACGGAGCUGCGCCCUGGCGCGGGCGGGCGUCGGAGGCGAGCUCUUGGAGAUGCCCGGGUGCGCCGCGCUUCAGGACGAGGAGCCGCUGGGGCUGCCCCCUCCGCCCGCGCCGCCCGCCGCCCUCUCGGGGCUCUGCAGGGACUCCUCGCCCGCUUUCUACCAGCCCCGGCCCGCCGGCGGCUCGCCCGCCUCGCCGCCGCCUCCGUGCGCCUUGCCCGCGCUGCUCUACCCGGGCGCCUGCGACUUCGCGCCCGGCGCCGCGCCGCCACCGCCGUCGGGGCUGCUUCCUGCCGCCGCCUCGCCGCCGCACUGCUCGAGCCGCACCACCGUCUUGGACCUGGACACGCACGUGGUGACCACGGUGGAGAACGGCUACCUGCACCACGACUGCUGCUCGCAAUGGCCCUGCGGCUGCCAGCCCGGCGCGCCGCCCAGCCCGGGCUCCAAGCGCAAGUACUACCCGGGCCACGAGAGCGAAGAGGACGCCGCCUCGCCGGGGGGCCCGGCCGCCUCCAACGGCGGCGCUGCUGCUGCUGUGGCCGGAGCCGCCUCCUCCUCGCUGGGCGGAGGGGGCGCCGGGGAGCCUGCCUUCGCCCCUUGCCCCAAGCGCGCUCGCUUCGAGGACUUCAGCGCCGCCGAGCCCGGCCCGGACUCCUCCAACAUCUCCAACUUGAUCUCCAUUUUCGGCUCGGGUUUCACUGGGCUCGUCAGCCGGCAGCAGCAGCACCACCACCACCAGCAGCAGCAGCAAAGCCAGCAGCAGCAGCAGGCGGACUCCUCGGAGCAGCCGCUCAACGGGCAGCUCUGUAGCAAACAAGCGCUGGCCAGCUUGGGGGCUUGGACGCGAGCGAUCGUGGCCUUUUAGGGGGGCGGGAGGGGGGGCUUUGGGCGACCUGCGAGAGGGGCGAUCGGAGGGGAGGGAGGGAGGGGGCCCCACUCUGAAACAAAAGACUUGAGGAGGGGGGGGCCGAAGGGAGGGCGCAGAAGAAGAAAACCAACCGAAUGUUUUAUAAAUUGUAAGAUAAAAAAAAAAACUUUAAUUCUGAGAAUCUCGGGUCUUUAUUUUUACAGAGAUGAGGAAAUAGUACCUAUUUAAAGUUAAAAAGAAGAAGAAAAAUCCUUUUGUGUCUCUGCUGGGGGUGGUGUUGGGGGUUGUGUCGCUUUUUUUUUUUUUUCCUCUUUCCCCCUUUUUAAUCCUUCCAGGUUUUUUAGUGUUUGGUUUCCCUAAGCGGUGGUGUGGGGAGGGGGUUCUGUUUGGAUGCCCCCUGAGGGGGGGGGUGGGAGAAAGAGGACUUGGGGGGAAGGGGAGGGGAAGAGGCUGCCCCUCUGGAGAGGGGCUGGGGGGAGCCUUAGAUCCCCCUUUAGCAGGAAGGUCUGGGGGGGGGGGGCAGUCCCUGGCCCACCCAGGGACUUUAGAGUUUGUGAAACAGACCCCCUCCCCUGGAACUGUUUCCAGUGCUGGGGAGGGGGGAGCACAUAAAUGCUAGCGAAGUGGGUGAACUCCAGUUGCAAUUUUUUUUAAUGCAGUUGAUUGUUGAAUUGGUUUCUAGAUCUCCCCCACCCCCCAUGAAAAAGACAUAAGGGGGGGGGGGAAAUCACCCGCAGCCCAUUUUUGUGGUUCAGUUUCCCUUCACGGGAGUUUCUGACUGAGGGGGGGCAGGCUUCCUCUGGGGAAGGGAGUAGAUUCCCAUUAUACAGACAUCAAGAAGGAAAAAUCAAAGAAACAGAAAAAAAGACUAGAAUCAACUUUUCCCCCCUUGGAAGCAAAUUGAUGUAAUUUGACAUCUAUGUGGUGGUGGGGGGGAGCAGUUUCAAGUCUUAUUCCUGCUUCUUCCCCCACCAUCUUCCGCAUUCUUGAAAUCGACUUCAAACAAGAUACUUUGAUUUGGGGAGGGGGUGAGUGUGACAUGGUAACUACUUCUCCCAUCAUGCACUGCUCUGCAGGUCGUCUUUCCCUUCCCCUGUUUGUGCACCUGGGAGGGGAGGGGAAAGGGUGCUGUGUGAAUGGAAAUGCCACAGGUCAAUGUGUGAACACUAUUUUAGCGUCUUUCAGUGUGCUGAGGGGGUAUACUUUUUUUAAAGUUUGGAUUCUUUCAUUUCAGCCUUUCCAGCCUAAAGCCAGCAUUGUUUGGGUCUUGUGUGCAAAAGUCUGUACUUUGUAGCCUUUCUCUUUUCUUUUGAAACAAAUAUUUAAAUUUUGUGUUUUUCAUUAAAGUGAGGGGGGGGAAGCCUUUUGUUAUAAAAAGGUAUCUUGCAGCCUGCCAUCGAAAAUCUCACAUGAAGCACUGUGUGUGUGUUAAAGGAUGCCGUUGCCAAAACAGCAGUUCUUUUUUAUUAUUUGUUUGUAUCUGUAUAAUUUUUUUUUUCUGUGUGCAUACUGAAUUGUAUAUCACCGGGUAAAACUGUUCAGAAUUGUUUUAAAUUUAUAAUCUUAAUAAAAAGUCCAAUUAUAAAAGUUAAA